CGCUUCUCCUACAGCAGCCCAUGACCCACCAGAGCGAUCUCAAGUUCUGGAUGGGAUGACCUCAUUCCAUAACCACCCAUUCGACCCAAGCAGACGACUCGAGGCAGGCAUCUAGCCGAGGAGAGACUCUCAUGCAGCUGUCGGCGUGUUAAUUCGGCUAAUAUGUGGCUGCUCGAGAAUGAUGGCGACAUCUUCCAAGGACGCCGACUAUGGCUCCGUCCCGGGAAGACCUAUCUCUUUGGUCGGACAAGCACAGAGCCGGGCAUCCUGGUCGUUGCCGACAAGUCCAUAUCGCGCAAGCACCUUACCAUCACGGUCGGCAAGGUUAAGGAGGGCGACGCCCAGAACCGAAAGAGCAGAUCGACAGUCACCGUCGAGGACCUCAAGACGAAGAUGGGCACACAGGUCAAUGGUACCCAGAUCAAGGGGACCACCUGUGUCUUAACGCAAGAGUCCAACGCCCUCAAGCUUGGCAGCUGCAACCAUAUCUUCCGUCUGUCGUGGCACCCCGUGGUCUGCAGCGUCUCGUUCACCAAGCGGGAGCUGGCUGCCGAUGCCUGGCUGAACCUACGCCAGAGAUAUGAGCAGCUCGACAUCAAGUUCAUCGCCGACUAUGACCGGCGCCUCACGACCCAUGUUGUGACUAAAAAGAGGAAUACACCCAAGGGCUUGCAGGCCCUGAUAGGCGGCCGCUACAUUGUCACCGACACCUUCCUCGACGCUGUGACGGAUGCCGCAGUACUACCGUCUGAGGGCACAGGGGCAAGCGCGCUAGAGCAGGACUUUGACGUCAACUGGCCCAAUCCGCUCAACCACAUCCCGCCUCGCGGCGACGAACCGACCGACCGACCCGGGGACGCUUACGAGCCAAACGAGCGGCGGCGUGAAGUUUUUGAUGGUUACACAUUCAUCUUCUUCGAAAAGGCGCAGCACGACAACCUGAUGCCCGUCAUUGCAGACGGCAAGGGGAAGGCCCUGCUCAGGGAGGUUGUGCCGCACGAGACAGAGAUAGACGACUUCAUCGGAUACGUCAAGGGGGUCGCGGGUGAGAAGGGGCUGGGCGAGUUCGAAGGCGGCAGCGAGGGAAAGGGCGUGGUCGUCGUGCGGUACGCUCCCCCAAUGAGCAGGCCUGACCUGAUCGAGUGGUACACAGGUUUCAUCAACACCGUCUCUCUGCGUCUGGACCAUCGCAUGAUCGACCAGAGGGAGUUUCUCGACGCCAUCCUGGCCGUGGACGCGAGCAUGCUGAGACGUCCCUUGGAGACCGAGACUGGCCCCAUAGACGUUGACGCGGCGCCGGCCCCUCGAACCCGGGCUAGGAAUGGGGCCCCUGACGCUGGUAUGGAGAUAGAUCAACCGGUGGCCCCGUCGGCUGAAAAGGAACCUACCAGGGGAACUGUUCGGAACCCCACGCCAACACUGGAGCCGGAUCCAAGUCCGCCACGGCCGGCACGGAAGAAGAGACGAUUCAAGGGGUUCGACGACUCAGAUGAAGAUGAGGAAAAGAAAGCCCCAUCGCCAGAGCCUUCACCCAGACCUAUCCGAGAGUCAGGACCAGAAGCAGGACCUCCUUCCCAAACAGAACCGCCCUCACAGUCGAUGUUUGUCUCGCAAGUCCAAGGCUUCGAUGAACCAGAAUCCGGAACUGCUGGGGCUGCCCGAUCAACCCGCAAGAGAGCCCACUCGCCUAUUCCAGAAGAAAUGGAGGUCGAGAUGGGCGGCGGCACGUCCGUCACGACCGCGAGCAAACGUCAGCGGGUUUAUAACAACGGCAGGGGGCGCAUUGGGCGUGUGGAGAUACCGCCUUCGGAAAGUGAAGACGAAGUAGAAGCCGUGCCCGAAUCGCCCAAGGUCAAACCGGAACCGGCGGCGGCGGCCCCAGGAGUCAGAGGCACCAAAGGCCUGAAGAAGAACGCGAUUGAUGCGGACGUGCUGACCCUCGCGAGACGGAAUCUGGAAGAAACUGAGGCCAAGGCCCGCGAGGAGGCGGAGCGGCUGGUGGCGCUCCCUGAGGACGGCAUUGAUGCGGCCGAGGUUCGUCGGCUGACCAUCGUGGAGGACAUGCCGGUCAUAUCUCGCGGGCCGUCGGCGAGGACACGCGAGCAGGACAUCGCGGAUGGGAGGUGGGAUCCUCACUGGAACGGGCGCCAGAACUUCAAGAAGUUCCGCAAGGCCGGCGGGCCGGCCGCGCCGCGGCAGGCGCCACAGCGGAUCAUGGUGGAGUGUGUCGAGGAGAAGAAUAAGGAGUACGGCAUCGGGGACUCGUACUGGGCAGACGAGCCUACGCAGCCGAGGGCGGCGGCCAAGAAGCCGGGUGGUGUCAUGACGCAGGGCCAACAGAGGGAGUCGGGCGCGGCGGAGCGACGGCCAGGUCGGAGGCCGGCCUUGGGCGACGACAGCAGCGACGACGAAGGGCUCGAAGAAGCCCGCGAUGGCGACGACGACGAGUCACUCCCCAACGCGCUCGAGGUUGCCGCCGCACCUUCGGGCCGGAGCGGCAGCGGCACGGGCGACGCGGACAAUCACGCGGUGGUGGUGGUGGUGGACGACGACUCGGACGCCGAGGAGGUGCGGAUGCUCCCGCGCACGAGGAAGGGCAAGGCGGCCGAGAAGGCAAACACGCGCCUGUCCCAGCGGGUGGCGGCGACGCAGACCAACAGCGGCAGCAGCAGUAACAACGGCGCCAGCCAGGCGGCCGUGCAGUCGCAGGGGCGGCGGGCCACGCGGACGGCCAGCGGGGGUAGCACCGCCAGCACCGCCAGCAAGCGAGCCGCGCAGGCGCCGCCUCCUAGUGCGAGGCCGGCGAAGAAGGCGCGGGCCGGGAGGGAGGUUGAGGUUGCGGACAGCGACGAUAGCAGCGACGGCGGCGGUGGGAAGUUUCGCUUCGGGAAGAGAUAGAGGGAAAUCAAGUAGCCGCUUCGAUUCACUGACCAAAGGGUCCGACUGUAUUUCUAUGGUAUUGAAGGAGGGGGGUAUCUCUGAUGAUCUGCCUUGCUCAGAUGGUGUUUGGUAGGAGGGGAAGGCUGCCUAUAAGCAGGGGGUGGGUAUACUACAGGGUCAACAUUUAUCAAAGCAAGCGCUGCAUUACCACAAACCGCGCACACUCUAGUCCAUCUCUUCCAUGUUACCGAC